GGGGCGAGCGGGUGUUUCAGGGGUGUCGGCUAACCUCAGGCGCCAGAGAAGCGUCUGGCCUGACCUUGGGCCGGACUUGGACUGCUACUGACGCGGUAGGAGGGGCGGUCGAGGAAAGGUGCCGCAGCCGAGACGCGUGCGGCAGGCCCGAGGAUCUUUUCAAAGAAUGGAAGAAAAUAUGAAGCUUGCUACAGUGGAAGACACUGUGGAGUAUCACCUAUUCCUGAUACCAGAUGAACCAAGAGACCCAGAAAAACACAAAGAGAUUCUUCAAAAGUAUAUUGAGAGGAUAAUGACCCACUUUGCACCUAUGCUGGUCCCCUAUAUCUGGCAGAAUCAGCCUUUCAAUCUCAAAUACAAACCUGGAAAAGGAGAUGUUCCUGCUCAUAUGUUUGGCAUGACAAAGUUUGGGGAUAACAUUGAGGAUGAAUGGUUUAUUGUUUAUGUAGUAAAGCAAAUUACAAAGGAAUUUCCAGAGUUAGUAGCAAGGAUUGAAGACAAUGAUGGUGAAUUCUUGUUAAUAGAAGCUGCUGACUUUCUCCCUAAAUGGUUGGAUCCUGAUAAUAGUGCCAAUAGAGUAUUUUUCCACCAGGGAGAGCUGUGCAUUAUUCCUGCACCAAGGAAACCUGGAGCAGUAUCCUGGUUACCCUCCACACCCCCUACAAUCCCACAAGCUUUGAAUAUAAUCUCAACACACCCAGAAAAAAUUUUGGCUUCAGAUUCUAUACAAGCUGCUGUGAAUAGGCGCAUUAGAGGAUACCCAGAAAAAAUUCAAGCCUCCCUUCAUCGAGCACACUGCUUCCUUCCAGCUGGUAUUGUAGCGGUGUUAAAGCAGCGCCCCAGAUUGGUGGCUGCAGGAGUCCAAGCAUUUUACCUACGGGACCCUAUUGACCUGCGAGCCUGUCGUAUUUUCAAGACUUUCUUGCCUGAAACACGAAUAAUGGCAUCGGUCAGUUUCACUAAAUGUCUAUAUGCACAGUUGGUGCAACAAAAGUUUGUGCCAGACCGGCGGAGUGGAUACAAGAUGCCUCCUCCAUCUCAUCCCCAAUACCGAGCCCAUGAAUUGGGCAUGAAGUUGGCUCAUGGAUUUGAAAUCUUAUGCUCCAAAUGUAGCCCACAUUUUUCUGACUCCAAGAAAUCGGUCAUGACUACCUCACCACUCUGGGCUGGCUUCCUUGAAAGUCUGAAAAAGAACGAUUACUUUAAGGGUCUGAUAGAAGGUUCUGCUCAGUACCAGGCAAGGCUAGAAAUGGCAAAGAACUACUUCCAACUCUCAGUAAACCGGCCAGAAAGCUCUCUUGCUCUGAGCCCAGGUGAAGAAAUCUUAACCUUAUUACAGAACACACCAUUUGAUAUAGAAGAGCUUAAGAAGGAAGAAGCUAAUCUUCCCCCAGAAGAUGAUGACCAGUGGUUAGAUCUCUCACCAGAUCAGCUGGACCAGCUACUGCAGGAAGCUGCUGGCAAAAAAGAAGCAGAGCCCAUUUCCAAGAAGGAGGAACAAAACUAUGACUUGACUCAAGUCUCAGAGAGCAUGAAAGCUUUCAUAUCUAAAGUCUCAACCCACAAAGGAGCAGAGCUGCCUCGAGAACCUUCUGAGGCUCCAAUCACUUUUGAUGCAGAUUCUUUUCUUAAUUAUUUUGACAAGAUUUUAGGGCCAAGACCUCAUGAAUCAGAUUCUGAUGAUCUGGAUGAUGAAGACUUUGAAUGUUUAGACAGUGAUGAUGACUUGGAUCUUAAAACACAGGGGACUGGGGAAGAAGCAUCUUUAAAAGGAACUCUUAAUGAUCUCAAGUCAUACAUGGCCCAGAUGGACCAGGAAUUGGCAAAUACCAGCAUUGGCAAAAGUUUCACCACCCAGAAGCAAAUGGAACCUCUCUCCCAGACUACCAGUAAUAAUUCAGAUGAGGAAGAUUCUGGUGCAGGAGGAUCUGUUAUGACACCAGUGGACGUAGACCUGAACCUGGUUUCCAACAUACUGGAAUCCUAUAGUUCCCAAGCUGGCCUGGCAGGACCUGCGUCCAACCUUUUACAAAGCAUGGGAGUACAGCUGCCUGAUAACACCGAUCACAGACCCACAAGGCUGUGGCCACCUCAUCAUGACUGAACCAGCCAGCUGCCUCUAGUUCUCUCAAGUUCACCUGGAUCUAAAAGACAUAAAGAAAAACAGGAUGUAAGGUUAGGAGCUAUAAAAUUUAGAAUACUCUAGCCAAACGUGAGAAGAUGUUUUCGGAACUGAGCAAUACCUGGGAUCUAUAGGCUGGGAGUUUUAGAUAUUGCACAGAAGCAAGAGAGGCAUAAUUAAAAGGUGAGAGUUAAAUAUAUUUUUGUAAAUAGUGAAAAAGAAAAAAGUUCAUCUUAAAAAUCCUGGAAGCACAAAUACUGAAAUACUGAAGAGUGGUUAACAGUGAGGUGUAGUUUAUAAAUAAUGUUUGUUUUUCUUUGUGCCCCUAUUGAUUAUAUAACUUUCUAUUUAAAAACAUAAAAUUACUCCUCUUUAAAGGAUAAGGGAUAAUUAGUGAUAAUCAAAAGCGUAGUAUCUUCUUUGCAACGCAAAUUCCCCCCACAGGAAGCUGAGACAGAUGAGAUAUUACGAAUUCUAUGCAAACCGAAACACACAGGUAGGAACCUGUGCCCACAAUGCCAUCUGUCAAGGCAUGCUACCGAAAAGCAAGAUGAGGCCGGGUAAGGCAACAUCUAAAUCCCUUUCUACCAGAAGUACCUAGGAUUUUAUAUAAUUAGUCCCCAACAUCCUAACAGACUUGAACAGUAAGACCCAUCCUGAAAUCCAUCAUUCAAUUUGAUUGAUAUAUUUAUUGUGUGCCUUCUCUGUGCAAGAUGCUCUGUUAAGUCCUGAUGAUGAAAAGCAAACUGUCUCAUGACUGAGAUACAAAUAAGGAAAAAUGGUGAUUAUGUUGGUGCUCUGAAUUUUCAUGGAGAUUGUUUCCUUUAUAAGAUUGCAAAUUCUUCAAGGGACCAAAUCAUAUGUUACACAUCCUUUGUAUAAUGUAGACAAUGCUGGAUAACACACAUGCCUACUAACCAACUUGAGUGAAGCAAAGGAAAUAAACAGCAGAAGGGAAGCAUCAGAACUUACCUCUGUC